AUGACUUUAGCAGUUUCUUCCCAUUUUGCUAGCUUACAAAGAUCAUUGAGCCGUAAAGUUACUAGUAAUGAAUCGCUUCAUGAAUAUGGCAAACAUCUCCUUUCAAUGCUUCCCAAAUUUAUACAACAAUAUUCAGUCUAUAAAGAUGAAUUAACAUUAUAUGUUGCAUCAGGCGCUAUAAUUCCAGUAAUGACAUUUCUUCGAGAUCAUACAGGAUCACAAUUUAAACAGGUUCAAGAUAUUUGUGGAGUGGAUUAUCCUUCAAGAUCAAAACGUUUUGAAGUAGUUUAUAAUAUGUUAAGUCUUCGAUAUAAUGCUCGAAUUCGAGUAAAAACUUAUGCCGAUGAAGCAUCACCAGUACCUUCAAUAGUUAGUUUAUUUAAUGGAGCUAAUUGGUUUGAAAGGGAAGCAUAUGAUAUGUACGGUAUAUUUUUCACCGAUCAUCCGGAUUUGAGAAGAAUUUUAACAGAUUAUGGAUUUGAAGGAUAUCCAUUAAGAAAAGAUUUCCCAUUGACGGGAUAUGUUGAAGUUAGAUAUGAUGAUGAAAAGAAACGUGUCGUGGCUGAACCAUUAGAAUUGACUCAAGCCUUUAGAAAUUUCGAAGGAGCGUCAUCUCCAUGGGAACAAACUGGUCCUGGACGUGAUGAAAGACCCGAUGCAUUAAAAUUAGAAAAGAUUCUUUCUCAAACUUCCUCCCAGGUACAAGAAAAGAAAUAA